CAAAGUGCUGAUUUUUGCAAUCCUCUUGAUCGGAACGAUUAUUUGGAAGAAUUCCUUUCAAAAUUCAAAUUUAAAUUUACCACUCGUUCAGGAACCGACCAGAAAUUCCCAAAUGAAGAAUAUUCGUGUAUUGCGAGUUGUCGAUGGUGAUACAAUUAUUUGUAAAAUGCGUGAUGGAGAGAAGGAAAGAAUUCGAUUGAUUGGAGUGGAUACACCCGAAACAGUUCAUCCUAAAAAGAAGAAGGAAUACUAUGGACAGGCUGCUUCAGAUUACACAAAGCAGGUACUAGAAAAUGCAAGUAUCAUUCUAGAGUUUGAAAAUGAAUUGAGAGAUGGUUAUGGAAGAUUAUUGGCACAUGUUUGGGUUGGAGGAAAUAAUUUUCAGAAAAUGCUAUUGGAAGGAGGUUAUGCUAGAGCUGUUUUCUAUCAUCCCAAUGUUAAAUAUCAAAGUGAAUACAAGCAAUAUGAAACAAGUGCAAGAAAUAGAGGAAUUGGCUUGUGGAAACAAUAAUUUCAAAUACUGAUGAACAAAUUUCAUUAUAAUCGAUUCAAAGGAUAAUUGCAAACCAAGUUCUUUACCAUAUUAUUGCCUUAUUCAGGUGAGAUAUUAAAAUUACCUAAAGGAGACUUUGAUAUAUCUUUGGCCGUCACUCUACCAUUAACAUCUAAAUAUUGUCACUUUUCGUAUUAUAUUUAUUCAGACAUAAAAAAAUGGCACAAAGUUACACCA